UUCCUCUUUCUCUCUCUGUCUGAACUCUGAAAUAUUGUUUUCUGAAAUUAUGGAAGAUGUGAUCGGGAGAGUAGCGGGAUCUUUACUGACGUCUUUAUUGAGGGAGGAAUUUCAGCUUCCUAACUAUCCGUCGAUGGUAAAAGACUGUAAUAGAGACAUUGAGAAGGUGGAAAUGAUAUUCCAGAUAAGAUUAAGAAUGAGAAUAUGUUCAAGUUAUGCUCGGCUCUUGUUUAUGGACCAAAUAUUCAAGAUAUUAAGAAAGGGCUAUUGAAUCUUGAAGAGGCUUUGAUUGGUGAACUUUGCUCGAGGCUAAAGAGGGACAAAUUUUAUCUUACCUCAGUUGGAUAUUAUAGACCCAAAUCCUAUGACGAAAGCUUGAUGAAUCUAAAAUUAUGUUCAGAGAUUGCACCCAAUUUUAGGCAAGCUUUGACCCUGCAGAAACUAAUACAAAAUCGAAGCUCAUCUUUCUGGUUCCUCAUUGGGACAGAUCAGAUCCCAUGCUAUCGUGAUAUGAUACUUGAUUAUGAAAAAGAUAUCACAGAUGAACAUGAUGAGGUGACGAAUGAAAGCAUCAUCAAGUUGUGCUGGGCACUUGUUCACUCAAGACAACCAGAGGAUGUCCAGAGGGGACUAGAUAUGUUGGAAGGUUAUGUUGGUGUUAGGUAUUUGCCAGCCCAACGGACCGAGAUGUUCUAUCUUCUCGCAGUUGGAUAUUAUAGAAUUGGAGAAUUGAUGUUUAGUUGGCAGUGCUUGGACCAGUGUUUGGAGAUUUCACCAUACUUUGAGCAAGCUUCAAGCCUAGUGGUCAAAGUUAAAGAUCAGAUGAACCGAAAUUUUGGGCUUGGGCGCUUCAUCACUAGUAUUGGCUUUAGUCUUUUGGCUGGUGGUCUGACUCUUGCAGCAUUACGUAGGAGAUGAUAUGUGUAGGUGUUUUGAUAUGUAGGAAAUCCCAUAUAGUCCUAGGAAUAAUAUAUUAGAGUGAGUCUAGUCCAAUUGACCUAGUCAAUUGUCUGUCUGGUCCUUUUUGUAAAUAUAAAUUAUAGUUUGGUCAUAGAAAAUUAGAAAUAAUGAUUUGGUCCUAAGAUGGACAAUAUCCACGCAGGAUGAUGUCAUGGAUGAUGUAAUUGUCAAAUGGUAGUGGCAGAAAUACCCUUUUAAUUGGGACCAUAUAUAUACUCAUUAUUAAGAGAGAAGAGAAUAAUUUUCA